GUUUCAAAACCAGGAAGUGACGUCACCGCACCAGGCCCAGCCUCUCUUUCCACCUGAAGAGAGGGAGGGGCCACACCGAGCUAGACAAGGGGGAAAACAAGGAAGAGCUCACAAGCAGGCAGGUCGGUGUGUAUGUUCACUUCCCCAGACUGUGCCUUGGAGACGAAUAAAAGAGGAGUUUACCCAGGUGGUGGGUUUCUCAGCACGGAUAUGGAUGUCCCAGAUUCUCCCAACUGGAAUAUGGGGCUGUUAAGGACCUUUGAUUCCUCUGAGUUUGGCAGCUGGGAGAAAAUUGGCUCUGGUGGAUUUGGACAAGUAUACAAAGUCCGGCACGUACAGUGGAAAACAUGGCUGGCUAUCAAGUGCCCUCCCUCCCUUCAUGUGGAUGAUAAGGAGCGUUCAGAGCUGCUUGAGGAGGCUAAGAAGAUGGAGGCAGCCAAAUUCCGAUACAUCCUUCCUGUGUAUGGGAUCUGUGAGGACCCCCAGGGCCUCGUCAUGGAGUACAUGGAGACCGGCUCCCUGGAGACGCUGCUGGCCACCGAGCCGCUGCCCUGGGAGCUCCGCUUUCGCAUCAUCCAUGAGACUGCAGUGGGAAUGAACUUCCUCCACUGCAUGAACCCACCGCUGCUCCACCUGGACCUGAAGCCUGCCAACAUCCUGCUGGACGCUCACUAUCACGUCAAGAUAUCUGAUUUUGGCCUGGCCCGGUGGAACGGCCUGUCACGCGCUGAUGACAUCAGUAGAGAUGGCUUCUGUGGCACUAUUGCCUACCUGCCACCUGAGAGCAUCAUAGAGAAGGACAGAGUGUCGGACACCAAGCAUGACGUAUACAGUUUCUCCAUCGUCAUCUGGGGGAUUCUCACGCAGAGGAAACCCUACCAAGGAGAGAAUAAUAUCCUGCAGAUCAUGGUGAAAGUGGUUAAGGGGGUGCGUCCCGACUUGGGUGCAGUGCCACGCUGUCGACCUUCAGCCUGUACAGGUUUCCUGAUCCUCAUGCAGCGCUGCUGGGCCACAAACCCCGAAGCCAGACCCAGCUUCCAGGAAAUCACGUCUGAAGCUGAGGAGCUCUGCUCCAAACCUCAGGAGGAGCCUAGGACCCCAACCUUAUCUACAUCAGAGCCAGAGCCUACAUCCCCAAACGCACUCACUAGUGAUCAGGUCAAAGACAAUAAGCCAGUGCGUCCAAAGUCUGCUAUGUUGCCGGAAAAAGAUUACAGCCUAUCAGAGCUGUUGAGCCAGGUGGAUUCUGGGAUCUCUAGGAGCUUUGAUCGAGUGAAGGAAGAUAGCUGCCACAGCAAAGAGAACACUUGCAAGAGACUGUCUGGCAUCUCCUCUGCAGAUUCAGCCUUCUCCUCCCAAGACUCUAUAACGCUGUCUUUUGAGAAAGAAAGCACAUGUGAUUCGGCUGAAGUCCAGAAGCGGAAGCUGUGUGAAGCCAUCAGGACCAAAGACACUGCCAAGCUGAUGAAGAUCCUCCAGCCUCAGGAUGUCGACCUUCUCCUCGACGGGGGAGGCAGUCUACUCCACCACGCCAUCACCUUGAACAACGAAGAGGCCGUCAAGUUCCUCCUCAUGAAUAAUGCCAAUCCCAACUUUGCCAAUGCCCGUGGCUCCACUCCCCUCCACCUGGCCACGGAGAAGCACCUGAAGCCCCUGGCAGAACUUCUGCUCGGUCGGCGCAGCACCAACAUCAAUGCCAAAGACGAGGACCAGUACACAGCUUUGCACUGGGCUGCCCAGAAUGGAGACGAGGCAAUCACACGCCUGCUGCUGGACCGGGGGGCGGCCAUCAAUGAGACCGAUGGCCAGGGACGCACACCGGCUCAUGUUGCCUGCCAGCACGGUCAGGAGAAUGUUAUCCGGGUGCUGCUGAGCCGCGGUGCUGAUGUCCGAAUCAAGGGCAAGGACAACUGGAUGGCGCUCCAUUUUGCUGCCUGGCAAGGGCAUCUGGGUAUCGUCAAGCUGCUGGUCAAGCAGGCCGUUGCCGACGUGAACAGGCAGACCACAGACGGCCGCACACCAUUGCAUCUGGCAUCCCAGAGGGGGCAGUACCGAGUGGCACGGAUCCUGAUUGAACUAGGAGCAGAUGUUCACAUGAAGUCUGCUGGGUUAAACACACCGCUACAUGUGGCGGCAGAGACGGGUCACACCAGCACCUCUCGCCUCUUGAUCAAACACCAGGCGGAUAUCCACGCCCAGAACACCCACGGACUCACUCCCCUCCACCUAGCCUCCCGGCAAGGCCACCUGGCCACUGUCAAGAUGUUGAUAGAAGAGGGGGCAGACCCAAACCGAUCCAACCAGGCCCUACGCACCCCUUGCCACUUGGCUGCAGAGAGCGGACACUGUGAGGUCCUGAAGGAGCUACUCCUUCACUGUCCAGAUGGUGGUACUCUGUCAGACGGGCAGGGGCUUAGCCCGUUACACCUGGCAGUGCAGGGUGGAUACUCAAACAUCAUUACUAUGCUGUUGCCACAGGACUGCCAGGACUUAGUUACUGAGAAGUCAAUGCAACCAGUAGCUGAACAGCCCGCUCCACCGGAACCUAAGCAGCUCCAGAGGAAGGUCGUCAUUCUCAAACUGACUGAGCACAAUGACAAAGAAUGCCAACGAUCUAACAGCUCACAGUGUGCCUCAGCCCCCUGCUAACAAGAGCGAAGACAUUGUCAAAACUGUACAGAACUGUCUUCUAUGUAAUUUUUUUAUACUACACUGGUGCCUCAGAGGUGGGGAAGGGAUUGUCAUUAAAUCUUAAGAAAGUUUUUUGGACUUAAAAGCCCUUUCAACACUGUAGGUAUUUGGUAGUGUUUGGAAAAGCUUUAAUGUAAAUAUGUACACUGUAAAUAGAAAGUAUAAAUACUGUGUUUGAAUUUAGACUUUUGUUUACUUUUUUACUUAACAAGCUAAUUUUUUUAUGUAACAAGCACAUUUUGUGUAUCAGAAUUGUGAUUAGUAAACCCGUGACCUUUUGGGACCUUUUACUAUACUGCACUGCAGCCGGUAUCCCUAUAAAUUAUGUUUAAUAGAACACAAGCCUCAUUAGGUGAAUGCUGUAGAUCAACACAGCCUUUGCAUUCUUAAAACACUUUGACCUUCAGUGUUCUGUACCUGUUACAUAUCAGUGCUUCAUCAGCCAUUAAAACAUUUAAGACCUUUUA